AUGAGUAUUGAGAACAACCAAGUCAACGUAUCGAAGCCUGAGUGUAUUCAAGAGUCGUCUAUUGCUACCAAUGUGGAUCCCCAUGAUAAGUCUCAAUCUAUAGGGCGUGAAGAUGCCUUGGGUUUUGCCCACCGCUACCACGGCCCAUCCGUUGUCCGGGCAUUGGAAUCGGACCAGCUGAACGGCCUCUCCAACAAUGAGGCUAAAGCCCGCCUCGACAUCUAUGGACCCAAUCAGCUGGACAGUGGCGAGAGUGUGAAUGCUUUUCGCAUCCUCAUGAAUCAAAUCGCAAAUGCUAUGACGCUCGUGCUGAUUAUUGCCAUGAUUGUCUCUCUUGCUAUCCAAUCCUGGAUUGAAGGAGGUGUCAUUGCCGGCGUUGUAGGGAUCAAUGUGUUUGUCGGCUUUUUUCAAGAGUUUUCUGCCGAAAAAACGAUGAACUCGUUGCGUUCGCUCGCAUCGCCAACCGCGCACGUCAUUCGUUCCGGCUCUUUGGUCACUAUUGCCGCAGGUGAAGUUGUACCGGGCGACAUUUUGGAAUUGUCGACGGGUGACACUGUCCCUGUUGAUUGUCGCAUUCUGGACGCUAUGAACUUUGAGACAGACGAGGCCCUGCUUACGGGCGAAUCGUUGCCUGUUGCCAAGUCUCACACGGAAUUGUUCCCCCCUGCGGAAGACGGCAUGGAGAUGGGUGUCGGCGACCGUCUUAAUAUGGCAUAUUCCUCUUCGACUGUCUCAAAAGGCCGCGCCACGCUUAUUUGUACGUCAACGGGAAUGAACACGGAAAUUGGCAAGAUUGCCGAAGCGCUUCAAGGCUCUGCAAAAGGCAGCAAGAUUCGCUCUGUGAAGCGCAAUGCCUAUGGCAAAAAGCGCCCUCACCAUUACAUGGAAGCGGGUGUGCUUACAGUGUGGGACCAAAUUGCACUGUUCCUUGGCAUUGUUAAAGGCACGCCACUCCAAAUUUUGCUUUCCAAGCUCGCUGUUCUCUUGUUUGUCAUUGCUGUCAUCUUUGCUAUUAUUGUAUUUGCUUCGAACAACUGGCACGACAACGAAGUGAUUAUUUAUGCGGUGGCGACGGGUGUCAGUAUGAUCCCUGCGUCGCUCACCGCUGUGUUGACGAUUACCAUGUCAAUGGGCAGCCGUGCUAUGGUGCAGCGAAACGUUAUUGUCCGCAAGUUCGAGUCGCUCGAGGCACUCGGCUCUAUUACCGACAUUUGCUCCGACAAGACCGGCACCUUGACGCAAGGCAAAAUGGUUGUCAAGAAAGCAUGGGUUCCCGCCGUUGGACAAUUCACUGUCUCGGAAGCCACUGAACCCUACAACCCAACUCUCGGCGAAGUCUUACAAUAUGACGGAAGCCCUGCCGAGGGCGAUACCAACGAGCAAGGCACUGUGGUCGCGUCCCAAGGCAGUAGCCAGGGUGAUUUGCAGACUGAGCGUCUUCCGCUGCAUGACUAUGUUACGAUUGCAUCGAUUUGCAACCUUGCCAAGGUGUUUUACGACCAGGACGAUGAAACAUGGAAGGCCCAUGGCGAUCCGACAGAAUGUGCUCUUAUGACCUUUGCUUGUCGCUUUGACAUGAGCUCUGACAAGCUCAAGGAGCCCUCCGCCGACUCGGAGGGGAAGGUAGCUUCGGAGAGCGCACAAUGGAAACUCGUCGCCGAGUACCCAUUCGACAGCAGUGUAAAGCGCAUGGCUGUGAUUUACACAAAUGUACACACCAAUGAGCACCGCGCCUUGAUGAAGGGCGCAGUGGAACACGUACUCAAGGCAUGCAACGAGAUUCGCAUGCCUGGCGGCGAUGAGCCGCUGACGGAGGAGGCGCAAGAACUUGUCUUGCGUAAUAUGGAGGCGCUUGCGAAACAAGGCCUUCGUGUCCUUGCACUUGCACAACGUACACUUUCUGACGCGGAGGCAGAAAAAGGCGACACGUUGCAACGCGAGGCGGUUGAGUCGAGCAUGACACUUGUGGGCCUUGCCGGCAUUUAUGACCAACCGCGUCCCGAGUCCAAAGGCGCAGUGGAAACAUGCCAUCGGGCAGGGAUCGAAGUGCACAUGCUUACUGGUGACCAUCCUGGCACCGCAUGCGCUAUUGCCGAACAAGUCGGUAUCAUCCCAUCGCAAGAGCUGAUUCAACAACGCCACAGUAAGGAAGUCGCGGACGCUUUAGUGAUGACUGCGUCACAAUUCGAUCGCCUUUCGGACGAGCAGAUCGACAGGCUACCCAUUUUGCCGCUGGUCAUUGCUCGCUGUGCACCCCAAACCAAGGUCCGCAUGAUUGAAGCAUUGCACCGUCGCAAGCGCUUUUGCGCCAUGACGGGCGACGGCGUAAAUGAUUCGCCCUCACUGAAGCUUUCCGACGUUGGUAUCGCAAUGGGCCAAGCUGGGUCCGACGUGGCAAAAGACGCGUCGGACAUUGUCCUCACCGACGACAACUUUGCAUCAAUUGAGCAUGCAAUCGAAGAAGGCCGUCGCAUGUUUGACAAUAUUCGCAAGUUUGUCCUACACCUUCUCGCACAAAAUGUGGCUCAAGCAUGUGUCUUGCUGAUUGGACUUGCAUUCAAGGACCGCACGACCAUUUCCGUAUUUCCACUGAGUCCCGUUGAGAUUCUCUAUGUGAUCAUGGUCACGAGCGGGUUUCCCGCCAUGGGUCUGGGCAUGGAACCUGGCGCUCCCGAUGUCAUGGCGCGCAAGCCCAACGUGUCUAAGUUUGGUAUUUUCAGCUUUGAAAUGGUGCUUGAUCUUCUUGUAUAUGGGCUUUGGAUGGCAGCCCUUUGUCUUACCACAUUUUCGCUCAGUGUCUACCGCUGGGGCGACAGCAAUCUCGGCGUGGACUGCAAUAAUAAAUUUAAUGAGUCGUGCGACGUCGUAUUCCGCGCGCGUGGCUCUACCUUUGUGGUAAUCACUUGGUUCUCUCUGUUCCUUGCAUGGGAAGUGACCAACAUGCGCCGCUCUUUUUUUCACAUGCACAAUAGCGCGCACUGGUACAAUCAAUGGCUCGUGGAUUCGUGGCAGAACAAAUUUUUGUUUGGCUGUGUUGUCUUUGGCUUUGUGAGCGUAUUUCCCAUUGUAUACAUCCCUGGACUGAAUCAUGUCGUGUUUCUACACAAGGCACCGCGCGGAUGGCAGUGGGGAAUCAUUUUUAUCGCAACCUUGCUCUUCUUCCUCGGCACCGAAUUCUGGAAAUUUGCAAAGCGCGUCUAUUUCCGCUACCAGGACAAGCACGAAAAAGACUCUGCAUUUAAUUUGCACGCUGUCGACACUGAAAAGGGCGACGAUAUAGCAUAG